UUGUCACUCGAGAGUGCGUUGCCAUUCGGGCAACAUCCGCCGUGCCCGCUCGCAGACUCCUCGUUCCCCGAAUCCGCCCGGUUUCUCGCGCCACGCGUGCCUCUCCGCGAGUUCAGCCGCAGUGCGCGCCGCGACAGUGACACGACGCUUCGCGUUAGACCGUUCCCUGGAAUGCAAUAAACGCCGAUCGCCGAUCAGAACACGUCGCGUACGAUUUCCACGGAGCCAGAGACGCCGUUCGAAUUUUUGACAAGCGCGACGGACCGACGAUGACGACGGAAACGCUGUCGCGCGAACUGGACGCGCAUAUCGUUACGCUGCUGACGAGGAUCUCCUCGCUGAGGGAGGCGAACGGAGAUUUGACGGAGAGGAAGGCGCCGAUGUCCAUCGAGGCGCGCAGCCUCGAGCUCUGGAGAGCGGUCGCCGUCGAGUGCUUCGCCACUUUCCUCUUCAGCCUGGUGGUUUCCGGCGCGGCCGCGUCCUCCGCCGUCUCCGGCAGCGGACUAUCCGUGCUCGCCACCGCUGUCGCCUCCGGGUUCGCCAUCGCUGCGAUCUCUCUGAUUUUUGGACAUAUCAGCGGUGGCCACGUGAAUCCAGCUGUCUCGGUGUCUUUCGCUCUCUGUCGACGGAUUUCCCUGCUGCGCGCUGCUCUGUACAUCGCGGCACAAUGCGGAGGCGGGAUUGCAGGCGCUGCCAUGCUGUACGGAGUGACCACGCCAUCGAACACGCAAACCUUGACGUCUCCCGGUCGCCUGAACGGAGCCAUCGAGAGGCUGCUGGUGGAGUUAGCUCUGUCGGUGCUGAUCGUUCUCGCCCACUUCACCUCGGAGUCCUCUAAAACCCUGCCGAUGUCCAUCUCCUCGAAACCAGCCGGAGUGUUGGCCGCAGCAUAUACAGCGGCCACCUUAGUUUCGAGUCCAUUCCUGAACCCAGCCCGCGCCCUGGGCCCGGCGUUCGUCAGCAACCGCUGGGACAAUCACUGGGUCUACUGGGUGGGACCGUUGUCCGGCAGCGCGGUGGCCGCGCUGCUGUACGAGUACGUGCUGAACUCGAAGCGCGCCAGAGAUUCGCGCGAGAUGGACGACGGGGACAAUUCAUCCAUGAGGUCCGACGAGGACACCUAUGACGACCUGGACAAACCCACCGGUCCAAAGUUUCCCAGCGCGUACGCCACCUAUCGCCCGGUGGCCGGCGCAUCCUCCUCGAUCUACAGCGCGCCGCCGACAGCCCUGGAGCGCGUCGAAUCGAUCUACGGUGGCACGAAGUCGUUGUACUGCAAAUCGCCGCCGCUGACUCGGGCGAACCUGAACCGUUCCCAAAGCGUCUACGCCAAAUCAACGUCCGGAACCAAGGACGGCCUGAUGAUCCCUAAACCGGGCCCUCUGGUGCCAGCCCAGAGCCUCUACCCCAUCAGAAUAGGCCAGGCGAGCUCGCAGAACUCCAGAGAAGGCCAGCAACCGCCAAGCGGACCCAGCGGGCCGAGCCAGACCUCCCAGAACCACAACAGCACCAACCAGAACAUGCAGAAUCAGCUGCAGCAGUGCACUCAAAGCAUCUAUGGCAUCAGAGGUAUCUCCACCAGCCUGAGCACCAGGGAGAACGGGAUCUAUGGUGUGUCUACAGGGUCCAGCAUAUAUGCGCGUGCCCCGGCUCCUCCUCCAGGCAACCAGAGUCCCCCAUCAGGACCCAGCGUUCAACCCACAGGACAGAAUCAUCAUCAGCAACAGCAGCAGCAACAGCAGCAACAACAGCAGCAGCAACAACAACAACAGCAGCAACAGCAGCAGAUCACAGCUAACACUGAAAACACGGCUAAUUCUAGGAGACCGGAAAGCAUGUAUGGGCAUAUUUCUAGACGUAGCGAUGACUCUGCAUAUGGUAGUUACCAGGGCUCCACCAGAGGAAACUAUGGGAAAGUUCCCGGACCACCGGGCCCACCUGGGCCGUCCAAUGGACCCACCGGUCCCCCGCAGUACCGGGACCAAGGCAGGCCCAGCCCGGCAGGGCCUCUGCAGCAGAGCCAGCAGAACAACUUUCAGAGGAACUCGCCGAAUCCUCAGUACUGACUAUAGACUUGAAUGUACCGGGUAGAUCAUCGGUGCAGCUGCUCAGAUUGGCGGCAAGUGGAACGUUGAUUGUGUCCGGGAUGUCGCGGGAUCGGAAAUGGUCGUCAGACUCGGUGCGUUCUGGAAGAAGGGAAAGGCUGGACGUUUCGUUUGUAUCGGAUAGAGAUUGUAAGGAUGAGAAUCUUGCUAAAUAAAGCAUACACGUGCCAUUUUAGUAAUGUGGUGAGAGGUGGAUGAAUCCUUGCGUCGGAAUGCGCGGGAGACCACUGCGCAACGGACAUCUGCUGGCAACCGCGCGAACACUCUUGACGAUGUUUUCCCGCGAACAGGAACUGUCUACUUUGGGAGAACUGUAAUUUAACCCUUUGCACUCGAGAGGUGACUCUCAGUCAACUAUAAAAUUUGAUAUUUAAUGUUCAACUGUAUAUAAUGCAUCGGUGUGGAAAGCUUUGUUUCUCAAUUUACCUGUGAUUUUCCUUUGAGCUAACCCCCUAUGGGCCGAAUUUUGUUUCGUGAUUAUAAUAAAAUUUAUGCAGUAUGAAAUUAAUAAGUAUCAAAAAUUAAAUCAAUUUUACCCAGUAUAUUGAUGUGUGACUUGAGCGCGAGCCUAUAGAGGGUUAAUUUAAAAAAAUAUGAGUGCAAAGGGUUAAUCCUCGAAUGCUUCGACCCAACACCGGAAGUAAUUUAGUAAAUAAAUAUUUUACUUCGAGAUUCGUGAUAAAAUCGAUUCGGCGCUUUGCGACUCGUCUUGGCUUAAACUUUCUUCGAUCACUGAAUAAUAUAUAUAUAAUUAACAUUGAUAAUUCUAAUUUCGUGAUCACUGAUGACACCGCGUCGAAACGGAAGAUUCGAGAAAAAUAAAUCGAAAACGUGGGAGGGACCGUUGUACGUUGGAUUCCAAGAUGGCCGACGAACGGUCGAUUUCAAAUUUCGAUCGCGAUCCUUCGAAUCGAAUGGCAACCUAGGGAACAACGGAACGCUGACCAGUUUGUCCGAGAAAUGGUAACUCUCAUAAGACUGAUCUCGCACAAGUAACCUUUUUCGAAUAGACCAAUUACCUUUUUAUACACUGGCAUUAACCCUUCGCACUCAAAUGUUUUUCAAUGAAAAUAUUCAAAAUUCUCUAAAAACUAAUUUAACGAUAAUUCAUAGAUAAAUUAAGCAACAGAGUUCUUUCAUUUAAAUAUUUCACGUAGCAAUGGAAACUUUCAUUUGAAAUGUUAAAUAUUCAACUUCAUAAUUUUGUUGUAUCGAAUCAAGUGACUGAGAGUCACUCGAGUGCAAAGGGUUAAUCUCAUCGAACGAUCGUUUUUAAGGGAUACCGAAUAUAGAACGGGUCACAGUUUUUUAUCUCGUUAAAAACUUGUCAGUUUGAAUUCUGACGAGACGUAAGAAAAUUAAAUGUACAAUAUACCUUGUAUCGAGGCCCUGUAUCAUUUUAGUACACGAUGUAUUUGAUAGGAAUAUUGCGAAAGUAGAUUGUCAGAGCGCGAACGAGAAACGUUCGCGUGUUUUGUAGAUCUACGAGGACGGCAGGCGUUUUGUAUAUAUAUAUAUUAAACUUUGUAUUUAUUAUUUUUUAUUGUAUCUAUAGAAUUACGAUUACUGUUACCCUCGUCUAUGUACGUAAACAAAAAAAGUUCGACAAUAAACGAAUCGA